UGCUAGCAGCCAGUCUAAUCGCCGAGAUUCGGGCUUUGGUCGGACACUCGCACAACACUCUGAUCAUUUUCCGUUCAGCCGGCUUCGCAGCAACUACAACCAAAAAUGAGGAGCCACUUUUGCCUGAUGUUGGUCUGCUGGGUGCCGUUCGCCUCGGCCAAUGACGCCAAAUUCGACGGGCCCAACUCGAAGAGGUCCUACAAGCAGAAUGUCGUUUUCGACGAUCAGCAGAUGCCGUCCGACAAAAUGGAAAGCACCAAUGCGAAUGAACGAUACGGGAUCUACCUGCCACCAAAUAUCCCCAAUAGACUGGUGAUACCACCCGUGAUCAUUGAAAUGAGCCCUGAAAAUCGGCUCACUGUUCGUCCUAGCGAGGCGGUAAUUCUGUCAUUUGAGAUAAUCAACUACACGGACGCUCCCCAAGGGGUGGUUUUCUCUGCUACCGACAUUGCCAGUUUGAUCCGAUUCGUAGAUCCACCCAGCACUCUGAUUGCGCCAAGAGGAUCGACUCGGGUCAAAGUAGAAAUUUUCCCUGCCACCGAAAGCGCCGUCGGACUUGUCAACACGGUCACGUUAGCAGGCCAAUUGAGAGACGGCAGUUAUAUCACCAGAAGUGCCCAUGUCAGAAUUGCAAAAGAGAUUGAAGAUGACGGAUGGGACCCAACGUGCAGUUUCACCGUGCAAGGUGGACAAUGCAGAGAGCAGCACAGCCAAGAAUCUUGCAUGACGGGAGGCUGGAACGUCGAGGCCACCUUCCGGGAUGAUUUGUCAGGUUUGCUGAGGAUUGAGUCAUCGCCGCCUGGCUCUCUGGUGUUUCCUCCAAAGUUUACCGCCGGCACUAGGUCACCGGUUUCCGUUGUGCUCGCCUCAUCUUGUUGCAACGAAAAGAUGACAGUCAAGGUGUGGGACGCGAACGGAAACUCGAGGACCUGCGACGUCGCUGUUUAUGGACUGUUGGCGGGAGAAAUCGCUGCAAUUGUGCUUGGCUGCAUUUUGCUGCUUGCGCUUAUUGCUAUAAUUGUUAUGGCGAUUAUGCUGUGCCGGAGAAGAAGGGCUCACGAACUGGCCAGAAUAGAGCUUCCUCCACGUAGACGAUCACCCUAGACUUUGUUAUACUGAUUGUGAAUUGUUUUCUAUAACUUAACAUGGUGCGCUGUCUGAGUAAAAAUGUCUGAGACGCA